UUAAAAACAUUACAGGAAAAAAUAUUAUGAUGCUGAAGAAUCUGAAACAGCUUUUAUUUUCUCUGGAAAUGAGGAGAAAGCAGAGAGAACGUAACAAUAUCAUUCUUCGCGGCUCCAAUGACUUUUGUAUAGGGCUUAACCUCAUUCUCUGGCGCAAACGCCACCGUGUCUUCUCCUUCAUCUCCGCCGUCUCUGGUUGCUUGCUCUUCUUGCUCUUCGCCUUCUCCAUCUUCACUCCUCCUCCCAACGCCACCAACCACUUCCUUGCUCACCACUCCACCGUGGUGAAGGAAAGAGAGGCUGUGGAGUCCAAUUUUGAUACAGUGUUUCAAGUUCCGUCAAGUGGAGGAAAUUUGGGUCGUGAUUUAUGGAGUUCAAACCAAUCAAAGUUCUACUAUGGAUGCAGUAACGCCUCCAAGAAGUUUCAAACUGCUGAUGUGAAAACACAUACCAACCGAUACUUGUUAAUCGCUACCAGUGGAGGGUUAAAUCAACAGAGAACAGGGAUAGUAGACGCAGUUGUUGCAGCAUAUAUUUUAAAUGCAACUCUGAUCAUUCCCAGGCUGGAUCAGCACUCUUACUGGAAAGAUAGCAGUGUUUUUGCUGAAAUAUUCAAUGUUGGCUGGUUCAUUUCAUCUCUCUCGAGAGAUGUUGAAAUCAUCAAAGAGCUACCACCAAAGGGAGGUAAAGCUUGGAUUCCACAUGGCAUGCGUGUUCCAAGGAAGUGCGAUACAAAUUGCUAUGAGACUCGUGUUCUACCUGUUCUAAAUAAAAAGCAUGCUGUUGAGCUUACAAAGUUUGAUUACAGGCUUUCAAAUAGAUUGGAAACAGAUUUACAAAAGCUCAGAUGUAGGGUGAACUACCAUGCUCUAAGGUUCACAGAUACCAUUCUUGAAAUGGGUAAACUCUUGGUUGAAAGGAUGAGGAUAAAAGCCAAGCAUUUUAUUGCCUUGCAUUUGAGGUUUGAACCUGAUAUGCUCGCAUUUUCUGGAUGUUAUUAUGGUGGAGGAGAAAAAGAAAGGUCGGAACUUGGUGCAAUCCGGAAGAGGUGGAAAACUUUACAUGCAAGCAAUCCUGACAAGGUGAGAAGGCAUGGAAGAUGCCCCCUGACUCCAGAAGAAAUUGGUCUAAUGUUGAGAGCAAUGGGGUUUGGAAGUGAUGUUCACGUUUAUGUGGCUUCAGGUGAAGUGUACGGAGCUGAAGAGACAUUGGCCCCGCUCAAAGCACUCUUCCCUAAUUUCCAUUCAAAAGAGACUGUAGCCACUAGGGAAGAGUUGGCAGCAUUUUCACCUUUUUCUGGUCGAAUGGCUGCAUUGGAUUACAUUGUUUGUGAUGAAAGUGAUGUUUUUGUCACAAACAAUAAUGGAAACAUGGCUAGAAUGUUAGCUGGUCGAAGGAGAUACUUUGGGCACAAGCCAACAAUUCGACCUAACGCUAAGAAACUGUACAAAUUGUUCUUGGACCGAAAUAACAUGACAUGGGAAGAAUUUGCCUCUAAGGUUCGAACUUAUCAGAUUGGCUUCAUGGGAGAGCCAAAGGAGAUGAAACCUGGCAGGGGUGAGUUUCACGAAAACCCUGAUAGCUGCAUAUGUCAGGCUAAGGGAUUUGAAACUAUUCAAAAUCAAACUCCAGAGGACCAUGAAAAUGAUAACAACCGGAAGGAUGCUGUUGAAAUGAGCGAUGAACAACAGUUCAUUGAGGAGGAUCCAGAUUGGACAGAUAUUGAUUAUUUAGAUAACGCAGGUGGAUUUAAGGAGUUGCCUAUUCUGGACAGCAAUGUGUUAACCAAACAAGAACAACCUGAAGUGGAAGAAUUCUUUUCAGACUAAAAUGAAGUAAGUUAGCAAUCCCUGAUGAAUUUUUUCCUCAAAAUUCUUUGGAACUCUGUACAUAAAAGGCGUUCGGUGAAGGAAAAUUGAGGUUGGUGGCUUCGAGUUUCUGUAAAUGUUGGCACAGAAUUAGACACUUGAGCAGUUGAAGCUUCCCGUUUUUACAUUAUCUUUUCCCCAUUUCAAAGGAAAAAAAGAAAGGAAAAUAACUUGUCUCAAAUGCUUAUACUGAGAGAAAGAUAUCAAAGUAAAGCAAAAAUUUGAUGGAAUAGAAAUAAUGUUCGAUAGCCUUUCUUGUAUAUUUUUGACAGACAUUUUCAUUUUCUUAAA